UCGGCCGACACGUCGGGCAGGCGCCGCUCUUCGUCCGAGCCUCAGCGUCCAGCAUGGGCUACAGCCAGCGGUGCCAACACCAACUCUCUGAGCGUCCCGAGAGGUGCAACACGGCCUACAAAUACCCACAUGCCUCGCCUAGAAGAGGAGACUGGACGCCCAUCCACCACCUUGCCGCCCGAUGUCGACAUUGAGCAGUUGGCUGCUGCCGGAGAUCCGUCUACACUUCAAGAGCCCGCCCGAACCUGGGCAAAUGAAUAUGAAUCCGAUUUGGUCGACAUUCUUGAUGUCGUGGACCCCGAGGUGGCUACUCUUGCGACCCUCACUAACGUCCAAAACUCUCUGUUCAUCCCCGAUUUGGGUCCGCUGUUGAAUCGCCGUCCGACUUAUAAUCUGACUCGUGAACCAAGCUUCUUCCGCGAUCAUCCUCCGCCAACCAAAGCCCCUUCUAUCAAGCCUUCUUCCAUCAUGGCCCAAGAUCGCAUCGAGACGAAUCCCGAUGCCGUCGAGAUGCGUCCGGGCAUUGACCGCACUUUUACCAUUGCCUCGCAAAUGAGUGAAACUGAAGACCACUACGCUGUUCUACCUCAUGGCCUCAGUCUGGAAGGGUGGAGUUUGGCCGAAAAGCAGGAACUCAACGACCAUGUUAGGCACAUGUUGCACUCCCGUCGUGCUGCUUUCAAACGAGGAAUGAAGGGUUUUGGCCAAUACGUUCGCCGCCCCCUUGGUCUCUUCGUCACUGUAUAUGCCACUCUGGUGACCUUGUUCGGACUUGCCUGGGUUCUCUUCCUCAUCGGCUGGAUCAAUGUCGGAGGUCGACAGUCCUACAUUAUCAACGUCAUCGACAAUGUCUUGGUCGCCCUUUUCGCCCUGAUCGGUGACGGUCUAGCUCCCUUCCGAGCAAUCGAUACCUACCACAUGAUUUACAUCGCCCAUUACCAUCAUCUGACAUGGCGUCUCCGCAAGAAACGCAACCUGCCUAAACUCAAGAACGAAAACGACCUCCCCGUUCAGCCCGGUAUUGAUGGUGAAAUCGAGACCGGCUCUGCCGAUGACUUGGAGGAGAGCGUGCUCACAGAAGAGCAGCAGAGAAAGCUCAAGCAUCACGAGGACAAAUUCUCAAAGUCGCACACUUUCUACAAGCCCCACGAAACAGAGACUCACCACGCCUUUCCUCUGCGAAUUCUCGUCGCUGUCGUUGUCCUGCUCGAUUGUCACUCCCUCCUCCAGAUCGCUCUGGGCACGUGCACAUGGUCCAUCUCAUACCAUGUGCGGCCAUUCGCUCUCACGACUGUCAUUCUGUGCUUCUCGCUCACAUGCAAUAUCACUGGUGGUAUCCUCAUCAGUGUCGGCGAUCGCAUAACCCGCAAGAAAGAUGUGGUGGAGCGUAUGUUCAGACAGCAGCUCACAGAGCAAGCCAUCCACAAGAUGGAGAAGCGGCGCCAGAAAGAAAGUGAACGCAACGAAGAACUGGAU